GGUAACGCCAGUUGAGACAGACGCGUCCGUCUGGUCCCAUGUAAAUUCCCUCACCUAGGAAAAUCAGGAAAUGUACAGGUAUGUCUGAGUGAAAAAUAGAACCAAGAGUCCUUUUCUAGACAUAUGCAUGUAUGUGAUCAACAACGAAAGUUUGAGUUAACUCCUUGCACUAUCAGCAAAGUAGAAUACCAAAUGGAGGAAAGACACAAAGCCCUACUCCGCGCCAAACGAUUGGAAAUAGCAAGUGACCUGCGGUUCAGGGACAUUCGGAGACGUCUUCUGAACAGCGGAAUCCUGGAUGGAGAGAACCUGGACGAUAUUGAGAAUGAACAAUCACGCGGAGACCAAGUAAACGCCUUGCUAGACAUUCUUCCUACCAAAGGACCGAAUGCAUUCUCGGUGUUUCGCGAUGCUCUGAAUGACAGUGGUUACCCACAUUUGGCACGGAUCUUGAACGCCGAAAGCCAGCAAGCACCCACCAGAGAGCCACGUGUAUUCAUCAUCCACGCAGGAGAAGACAAAGAAUCAUUUGUCCGUCCAUUGGUCACCACGCUGCAACAGCAAGGGUUGGCCGAGAAAGACAUUUUUUUCGACGACGUUUCCAUCAAACCCGGUGAAGUCAUUCGGGACAGAAUAAUUUCGACUUUAUCGAGUGAAAGUUUGGAACUCGCUGUCGUUGUUGUCAGUACAUCAUUCCUCAACAAACCCUACUGGCCUAAACUGGAGUUUGAAACAUGCCUUAGAAACAACAAACGAAUAUUCCCCAUAUGGGUCGACGCUAACGACGAUGGUUUCAAGGCCUUUAGUGAGUUAGUCGGGAAGUACUCUCCCACACUGAAACAGAUGAGCGCAAGACGCGUGCAGAAAGACCAUGUAACUGACGAGAUGGCAAACAUCGCUGCAGAAGUCGUUCAACGACUUUCUACGUUGGGACGUAGCACACCUCAGCCUGCAGCGAUCCAAACGCUUUUUUACUUGACACCUUCUCCGUCGCCAAGUGAUUCUGGAUCAUCAGAUGAAGAAACCAGAAUGAAGGACGAAGACACUCGAACGGCAGGUGUCAGUGACGAACAGUGGGUAGAGGACAAGCUAAAGGAUGAAAAGGCGAGGCAGUUAGAUUUGCUGGCAAAACUAGGAGGUAUCCAGCUAGACCUAUUAAAGAAAGCAGAAGGCCUUCUGUCGAGAGAAGAGAUAGAAAAGCAGACAAAAGAGGUUCUGUCACACCUACUUCGAUCAGGGUUAGAUAUUGUUAAAAUCAAGAUGGGCUCUGCAAUCCUUCACUUACUCCCAAACAAUCUUCUCUCUUUGAAUACUAUAUGGACAGCCUACAAGUCUGGACAGCUCGGCGUUGACUUUACAGGCUGUCUUGUCACUGAUGAGAUGCGAGCCAUUACUGGCCAUGACUUGGCUGUGCAGGUCAUCAUGUUAGAAGAGCAGUACCGGCAGUGGGUCGAAUAUUUCAACGCACGAGACAUGGUGAGGACAGUCCAGGAGUUUCAGAGCCUGACCAUGACACCUGACUCUACCACGUGGGAGACAUUUGUGGAAGAGUAUCUAGAAGGCAACACUGAACAGGACCUAGAAUUGGAUAAGUGUAUCUUUAUCUCAGCUACUGAAGUUGAUGUGCUGUGUAACAGCAUUAAGGGUUCAUGGCAGUUGGCCAAGCUUGAUAUAACUGUGCUGCUAGCUCAGUGGAAUGAUGCGAUGGGUGCAGCUAUAGGAGAGCUCCUCCCCAGGCUGUCUAAUCUAAAGGACCUAAGAAUAAAGGUGGUGCUGUGUUGA